CAGCUUCCCGUAAUAGCUAGUAAAACUUUGCCAACUACAAGGGGCCAGCAAUCGCAGCCCAUUCAGCCACAACAGCAACUGCACCCAAUUCAGCAGUUGAAAGAGCUGUGCCCCGCCCAACGAGUGAAAUUGUACCCAUAACCAGGGGCCAUCCACUGUCUCAAGCAACCAAUAAAGCAAUGGAGAUGGACAGGGUGAAGGAAGUUCUAGAAACACAUGUACCAGAUGGCCGUGAUUUUGAUGUAAAACCUCUCGUCCCCAUCGUUGAGGAUAUCAUGAAACGUGCUACAUUUCUUGGCGGUGGGGCACAAGAUCAAGAUUAUGCUGAUACAUGGGAGGAUACGGCUAUUCGCAGCGGUUACACUGACAUGCCAAAAUUAACAUAUGCUAUCAACGAAACAGUUAAUGAGAUAAUCUGCAACUGCAGUUCGGGAGGAGAUGAACAUUUUGUUGCUAUGGCACUCUGCCGGUCACUGUCAAGAUAUGCGUGGGAGGACAAGGUGGCAAUAGCUCUUGCAGCUUUUGCUGUGAGUUAUGGUAAGUUCUGGCUGGUUGCUCAGCUUCGCACUACGAAUCCACUAGCCAAGUCACUUGCAGUUAUUAGGGAACUCCCAGAAAUAAUCGAGCAUACUGAAGCCUUGAAGCGAAAGUUUGAGGCAGUUAGUAACCUCAGUAAGGCAAUGCUGAAUGUGACUUCUUGUAUUAUUAACCUCAAGGAGCUGCCCACGGAGGACAUUGGUCAAUCAACUGAAUGGGUGUUUCUUACUGCUCAUGUCCCCACAGCAGUUUACUGGACUGUUCGUAGCAUUGCUGCUUGUUCAUUUAUACUGAACCUUACUGCCCUUGGACCCGAGUAUGUCGACUCAGCUGCUGAGGCGUGGGACUUGAAUGGUGUGGCUCAUAAGCUUGCCAAAAUUAAAGAGGACCUGAAAGAGCAAAUGAAUAGUAUAAAGCAGAAAAUAGAGGACAAGAGACAGAAUGAUGCAUAUAAUGCACUUAUUGAACUGUUUAAGACACCCAACACUGACAACACGAAGAUUCUUAGUGCUGUGAUAAAUGUCAAGGAGCACCAGCUGCACCUGUAUGAUGGAACUAACAAUAAAAGAGCCAGCCUUGACAUAUUGAGAAAGAAACAUGUUUUGCUACUUAUUUCAGAACUUCACAUACCCCAAGAAGAGCUCUCUAUCCUCCAUCAGUUUUACACCGAAUCAAGGCAACAGCCAACUAAGCUAGAUAAACAGUACGAGGUUGUUUGGCUUCCAGUUGUUGACACAUUCUCAAAUGCAACUGAUGAGCAGUUUGAGCUUGUCCAAAACUCAAUGCCAUGGUACUCGGUUCACCCUAUCAUGCUUGAGCCUGCUUUCAUCAGAUUCAUCAAGGACGUCAAGAGCUUUGACAAGACACCACAACUUCUGGUCUUGCAUCCACGGGGAGUCUUACCAGGUUACAAUGCUCGGGACAUGAUGUGGGUUUGGGGUAAUUUAGCUUUCCCUUUCACUGAAGAAAGAGAAAAAGAACUAUGGAUGGAAGCAACCUUGAUAGAAUUGUUAGCCGACUCCAUUCAUCAAAACCUCUUACUUUGGGCUGAUCAAAACAGAUACAUAUGCUUGUAUGGUGGAGCGGACAUUGAAUGGAUCAGGAGAUUAACAACUAUUAUGCGGUCUGUUGCAAAUACUGCACGUAUCCCUCUGGAGAUGCUCUAUGUGGGGAAAAAAAACCCGAAGGAAAGCGUGAGGAAAAACAAUUCCAUCAUCCAGGCUGAAAACCUAAGCCACAUUUUGCCUGACCUGAUUAAGAUCCAAAUUUUCUGGAUGAGGCUGGAGAUCAUGCUUAAGUCCUGGGGUCAACACGGCAGGUUCGUGAAGAGUGAUUUAAUACAGUAUGUUGGGAAAAUACUUUGCUAUGACAAUGAUGGCGAGGGAUGGACUCUCAUUGCCAGAGGCUGGCAUGAGAUGGCUAAAGGAAUAGACAAAGAAGUUUACCCGUGCUUGAGCAAGUUUGACGAGUGGAAGGACAAAGUGGUUUACCCCGACGGCUUAGUGAUUGCUCUGGACGAGCAACUUCGUGAGCUCCAGACCCCUCAUCACUGCAACCGCCUGAUAUUGCCCGAAAGUACUGGGCACAUACCUGAGAAGGUGGUUUGUGCUGAAUGCGGCCGUCCCAUGGAGAGUUUCAUCAUGUACCUUUGCUGCACCGAUUAAAUUCAGCAAUUAUCUUGAACCCAGAUCACGUUAGCUUUGGAGAACCAAUCUUGAAGAAUAAUGAGCAAGCCGCUCCUGGUUCUCCAAACUAGACUAGUACCAUAUAUUCAAGAGUUUGCUAUUAUUCUGUGAUACAUAAAAGAAUAAAUUUGCUGUAAGUUUUGCUUCCGUGGCUUUUAUGCCUCCUAUGAUGACACUAAUAAUGCUGUGUGCUGUAAAAAUAUUAAAUAUU